AAGUCACAGUUCUGCGAGUUCCGUGUGUGUUGCGGAAAAUACCCUUUUUGGGCGUCCGACCACAUGUGUGAAUUGUGAACAAAAUAUGGUUCAAUAGUGAUUUUCAGCACAAAAAAGCUUUAUUCGCAGUGUUCAGUAUACAGGAUUUAUUGGUAUAGUGCGCCCGGAGCGUUGUGUGUCAUCGGAAAGUCUAAAAGAGCCGUCGGAAGUCUACCUUUUUGAUGUAAAUACGGUCCGAAUAGGUUCUGUCUGGUGCGUGUUACAAAGUCAGCGAAUAACUCUUGAUUUCUUAAACUCUAAUCUUUGUUAUUAGUUGUGUGCACCGCAGCGGUACUAGUCGACCUUCAGGCAAUUGAUUUGGGUCGCGUUUUACGGGAAAGUUCGCCUCGCUCCGUGGGUACGGCCCGCAGCAUGCCGUCGUGCUGCUAAGUGGCAUGGAUGCGCGCUCGUGAUCGUCGGCCGGCGCGGAGCGCGCGCCCGAGCUUAUAUAACGAGGAUAGCGGCGGCAUGGCCGCUAGAGUGUCGGUCGAGGGCGCAGGGCCCUCGUACGCCUCGGUGCUGAACUUCAAAGGGGGGGAUAGUAACAAGGAGAACAUAGAGACUUCUGAGGAGACAGUGGACGUGGUGCCGCGGCAGGAUGAGGAGGAGGAGGAGGGCUUCGUGCCGGUGAUGUCGCACGGGCGGCGGCCGGGCAAGGGUCGCAAGGAGCGCGAGCGCAGAGCGCCGCCAAGAGCACACAAAAACCCUCAGCCCCAUGCUGAGCCACAGACUUCGCAGGAACAACAGCAGCAGUCAGCAGAGGAUCAGCCCAAGAAGUUUGUAGAGGCUCCCAUACCGAAGGUCAAUCCAUGGCAGGUCCGCGGAGGCAGCACUGGAGUGCCGCCACCGGCGCCUCCCUCACUUCUGGAAGAGAAGAGAACGCCGCUACAGCCGCAGCAGCAGGGCAGGGCCCAGCCACCACUUACAGAACCGGUCGUGGCGCCGCCAGCUCCUAAACCGACUGUCGUGAAGGCUACGAAGGCUGUCAAGAUUAAUCAAAAGGCUUCGGACUUCACGGAUAUCGGGGACUGGCCCACACUAGGCGCGGCUACAGGCGCUGUGCGUUGUCACUCCACUCCGCCGCCACAUGAUGCUGACUCCUCGCAUCAUAACGGCAAUGCUGACCAGGAGAGGAAGCCUCCAGAGGAGCAGCACACGAAGUCGGACAAGGUGGAGAUUCACAAUCAUCAGCCACACAACGACAAACAUCAUGAUAAACAUGCGGACAAGAAUAAAACUGGCACAGGUGCAGGAAAAGGCGGUAGUAAAUCAGGGAAACACAAAUGGGUACCUCUGGAUAUAGAUGUAAAAGCACCCAGACCUGGCAAACAUGGUCCGCCACACUCACACAGGAAUGAUAAUGACACAGUAUCACUGAAUGGUGAAGACCGAGGUCGUAUGGGCAAUCGUGGUAGAGGCUCGACCAGAGGGCGAGGUGGACGCAGGACUGCGCCCCGCCCCGCCUCCGCAUUGCCUCUACCACCGCACGCGCUCUACCACCACGAGUUCACACAUCCUGAUCUGCCACAGCUGCGAGCUCAACCGGGCGUGGCGCAGGGCCUGAUGCUGCACUACGGAGCUCUGCACGUGGCGCCUCUCGCCCAAGCCUUCUACUACAACGCCCCUCCCUACGGCCUGGGCCUGGACCAUGCGACGCUCAAGGACCUUAUUAAGAAGCAGAUCGAGUACUACUUCAGCCCUGACAAUUUGGCGCGUGAUUUCUUCCUGCGCCGCAAGAUGGCGGCGGACGGCACGAUACCUGUCACAUUGAUCGCGUCAUUCCACCGCGUGCGCGCGCUCACAGCGGACGUGCAGCUUGUGCUCGACGCCAUCCGAGAUUCGGACAAAUUGCAACUUAUAAAUGGAUUUAAGGUGCGAACAGCAUUUGAACCUACGAAAUGGCCGAUCUUAGACAUAACAAACUCUGACGACACUGAAAGAAGCGAGAAAACCGAGAAAUCUGAUGCAAUCGAUACAGAUGAUAAAGACAAGGAAAACGACAAUAUUGACAAAGAAGAUAAAGAAGUGAAAGAAGAGAAGGAGAAGAUAGAAGAAGCUCCCAGUAUAGAAGAGAAGGUUAUAGAGAAAGUGGAGAUAGAUCCCGAAGAUGCUAAGCCGACUGUAGUUGAUACUGAGACGGGGUCGACUGUAACCAACGAAGAGAAACCCAAUCAGGAUGUAGCUCAAAUAGAAGAUGAAAAGGAACAAACUAUAGAGGAAAAGAAAGAUGCAGACGAUAUUGAGGAGAAGGAAGUGGAAGAGAAAGAGAAGCAGAAUUCAGAAGAUCCUCCGCUACAGUCGGAGAAUGAAGAAAAACCAGGAGAGAAAAAACGUAAGAAGCAAAUGGUUGGUAUAUUCCCUUUGGCCACAAUGGGGGGUCCGUUAGUGGCUCCUGUGUCAGGAUUACUGCGUGCUGUGCCACCUCCACCAUUGCCUAGGAUGUUUCGUACCGGUCGCGCUGCACCAAGAGAUCCUCUCAAUCCAGAUGUACCAGAAUUUGUACCUCAAGCGAGACGAUCUGAAGACAACGAGAAUAAGACAGAACAAGAAGACAAACAGUCCGGUACAAGUCCGGCUCAGAGGACUACCUCUGAUGUAUGGACCGAGGUGAAACGUCGUACAAAAGCUGGUUCCCGUGAGAGGUCAGGUGCUAGUGCGGUACCUCCUGAGGAGGAACCUCGUGAGGAGCUACAUUUCCAGCUUGAUGAGGAGCUGGAUCUGCCACCUCCGAGGCAAAACACAUUCACAGAUGCAUGGUCUGAUGAAGAAUCCGACUUUGAGUUUACCGAUCGUGAUGUUGGUCGUCUUCUCAUAGUGACGCAGACAGGCGCACGAGCACCAAAACAUGAUGGACACGACCGUCAGGGGGACUGGACAUCCAGGACUAAGAUCACACAGGAUUUGGAACAGGUGAUCACAGACGGAUUGAAGCGUUACGAAGAAGAUCUUUGGAACGACACAGAAUAUACAUCUUCCUGCGGCAGCGCUAGUCAGUACCGCACGGUGUCACUCAUCAGCCGGUCACAGUUUGAAGCAGCUGUGCCAAAUGAACGUCACACAAACCCAAAGGAGCCACCUCCACCGCCGCCCAAGCCGACACAACACGUGGAACAGCCACAAGAACAACCGGAUAAGAAACGUCCGCGUCGUACUGCAAGAUUCUACGCAGCAAGUAAAGACCCACAUGCUACUGAUGUUAUAAGCGGUCGCAAGCACAAAACUAGACACAGCCUCAAUCCACCAGUUGAACAUCAUGUUGGCUGGAUCAUGGAUGUUCGCGAACAUCGCGCUCGUACACACAGCACUGGGUCAUCAUUAGGCACUUCUCCAACUCUUGGUUCUUCUUGUGGUUCAGUACCUCAAGCGCUGCCAGCCUUCCAUCACCCAAGUCAUGGUCUGCUCCGGGAGAAUCAUUUCACACAGCAGGCCUACCAUAAGUACCAUUCCAGGUGCUUGAAGGAACGCAAGAAAUUGGGCAUCGGUCAGUCGCAGGAGAUGAACACAUUGUUUAGAUUCUGGUCCUUCUUUCUACGAGAUCAUUUCAACAGGACCAUGUAUAAUGAGUUCAGGACGUUAGCGAACGAGGAUGCAGCAGCUGGAUUCAGAUACGGUCUCGAGUGUCUCUUCCGUUUCUAUUCUUAUGGUCUCGAGAGGAAGUUCAGACCUGAACUCUACCAGCAUUUCCAACAGGAGACUAUAGCUGAUUAUGAAAAUGGUCAAUUGUACGGUCUGGAGAAGUUCUGGGCGUUCCUGAAGUACUACAAGCACGCGGCGGCGCUGUGCGUUGAGCCCAAGCUGGAAGGAUACCUCGCCAAGUUCAAAUCUAUUGAAGACUUUCGUGUACUGGAGCCGCAACUGAACGAGCUUCUUGCCACUCGUGGUCCUCACGCACCAGGUCGUGGUCCUCACGCUAGACCUUACGACCGCACGAGGUCCGUAUCUGAGAGUGACAGAGUGCAACAAUACAACAUUACCUCUGCUGGACCUUCAUUCAGCCGUGGCGCUAGUGUGUCGGGCGCAGGAAGCCGAGGUCGCGCUGGUUCUUGCGGCGCUCAAAGUGUUGUCGCCAAUGCUAGACCAAGACCAGCUGUUAAUACAAAAUCUGAUAAUGCCCCAACUCAGAUGAAGUCGCUCGGAAAAACACAUUGAUGCAUUUUAUAUAUAUAUAAAUAUGAACUGAUAUUGUUAUUGUGCCCGGACGAUGUUUCUGUUUGUUUUUUUUUUUUAAAUAUAAUAAUAAUAUAUAAAGUGUAGAGUCUGUAUGUAUGAAUUAUAUCUGAUGGGGCACGGAUUUUACUACAGGUAUAGCCUGGGUUUAACUUCUAAGACAAUAAAAUAAGGCGACAUCUAACGCCAUCUGACGACACUUUGUAUAUGUUCAGGCAAGUUUAAACAGCAUCUAGUAAUGAAUUUUUUGUUUUUUUUUUCUUUUUUUUUCCCUUCUAAUUAUAAAUCUAGUAUUUAAUAAUAAAUGUAUUUGGUUUUCCUUUUGUCUUGUGUAAGUUAGAUUUCUUUUUAGUCUUACGAUUUGUGAGAUUUUCGAAGGCAGUAAUUUGGAAUUGAAGUAAUGAGUAAAAGAUGGAAAAAGCUGUCGUACGUACAUAGAUGGCGCUGUAUCUAAAUAUUGAAGUAUGUCCAUCUCGCUCGCACGUGCUGUAUAGCUGUAUAUCUGUCCCGCUCGCACUGUCGGUCUCUAGUUCCGACAUUGUAUAACUUAUGUAUAAAUGUUGAUAUAUUUUUCACUUAGACGAAAUGAUAUUCGAGACAUUUUAAUGUGAAUUUGAAGACUGUAAAACGAGUGUUUGGUAGAUUUUUUAAUAAAUUUCCCCCAUUUCUAUAUAUAUGAGCUGUUAUAUAAAGCAUAUCG